CCUUGAAGAAGCUUCUAAGUCUACAAGAAACCUCACGUGUUAACAUCAAAAUUUUUUAAGUGUAUUUUUUUAAGCCAUAUGUUAGAUUUCCUUUUGGGUGCUUUUAGUUGUCAAGGACUCAUAUAAAAAGAGGAUGAUUUUAAUUUUUAUACAUGACCAUGCAAAAUGGACGAGGAAGGGAAGUCUAGCAAUGAUCAAGGUGGUGAGGUUCGAUACCGUGGUGUACGGCGACGUCCUUGGGGAAAAUUUGCAGCGGAGAUUCGUGACUCGUCGAGACAUGGGGCUCGGAUUUGGCUUGGAACAUUCAACACGGCGGAGGAGGCCGCUCGAGCCUAUGACCGAGCUGCCUAUAUGAUGCGUGGUCAUUUGGCUGUCCUGAAUUUUCCUAAUGAAUAUCCUUCUCUUGGUGGGAGUUCUUCUGCUGCUGGAGGUUCUAGGCGCCAAGGGCAGGGUGAUCAAAGCCAAGUGAUUGAAUUGGAAUGUCUUGAUGAUAAGGUGCUUGAGGAGCUACUUGAGUAUGAGGAGAAAAGAAAGAAGUGAAAUGUACAAUCACAUUUAGUAAUAAAGUGCCUUUGAAAUAUGGUAACCUAGCUAACUUGGGGAUUUGUGUCUAUCAAUAAUUGUGUGUUGUAAUUUCCCCCAAUUGUUGGUCUAUAUAAUU